UAGCUUUCCUCACAAAUUAUUUACUUAUCUUGGUUCGAUGAUAAUGGCAGCCUCCUGCUUCGCAACUCCCUUAUCUUCUUCUUCUUCUCGAUCAUCCUCCAAUGCCAUCCCAAAAUGCAAAACUCUAAUCCCUUCGUGCUCUUACCUGAAAGCGUCUACCACCCCUCUCCAUCUCUCUUCUCUGUCUCGCCACUGUGUAGCUCAACGACUGCAGCAAAUCAAGGUCUCUUCUUCUUCUUCAGAAUUAUCAGUUCUAGAUGAAGAGAAACAAGAAGAAGUCGAAGUUGAUGGAGAGACAGGUGAAGAAACCGAAGCUGAGCCAGUGGUGAUGAAGAAGCCGAGACCUUGCGAGCUAUACGUUUGCAAUAUCCCAAGAAGCUAUGACAUUGCUCAGCUUCUCGAAAUGUUUCAGCCUUUUGGAACUGUCAUCUCCGUCGAGGUAUCUCGAAAUCCACAGACUGGGGAGAGCCGUGGAAGUGGAUUUGUCACGAUGGGUUCUAUCAACUCUGCCAAAAACGCCAUCGCUUCUCUUGAUAUGAAGGAAGUAGGUGGUCGGGAGAUGCGGGUAAGGUACUCUGUUGAGAUGAAUCCAGGAGCCAGGAGAAACUCAGCAGCCUUGAACUCAACGCCGAAGAAGAUUCUCAUGUACGAAAGCCAGUACAAGGUUUACGUCGGAAACCUCCCUUGGUCAACGCAGCCCGAUGAUUUGAGAGACCAUUUCAGCAGUUUUGGGACAGUCGUGAGCGCGAGAGUGUUGCACGACCGCAAGACUGGGAAAAACAGAGUCUUUGCCUUUCUUUCGUUUGCAAGCCUUGAAGAACGUGAUGCGGCUCUGUCACUCAAUGGAACAGAAUAUGAAGGCCGCAAAAUCAUAGUCAGAGAAGGUAUCGAGAGGACCGAGUCUUAAACCAUUUUUCAUCGUUCCAUCUGUUUUUGAAGUUUCUUGUUACUCUUUAGUGUAAUUUUCCAAACCGAUCCUGGCAUCUCAUUAUGUAUGAUUUUCUUCUCCGACUCAUCUACUUUUACAAAUCAAGUGUAAUCGUCAGUCAA